UCAUCCCAAACAACCACCACACCACCCCAACCAUAACCACCACUCCAACAAUAACCACAGAAAAAAAAUGACCCUAACAAAAACCCUCCUAACCCUCCCCCUCCCCCCCUCAAUCCCCUCCUUCCAAACCGCAACGGCAACAGAAACCCACGGAUUCCUCACCGCCGCCGCAAAGGGCACGCUGCCCAAACCGCGCCUCUCAGCCUGGCUCACGCAAGACCGGCUGUACAUCCACGCGUACAUCCGGUUUAUCGGGCUGAUGCUGGCUAAGCUGCAGCUCCCGGUCUCGCAACCCAGCAGCAGCGCACCCACACCAAAAGACCUAGAACACCAAACCCUCACCACCCUAACCUCAGCGCUGAACAACAUCACGCGGGAACUCGACUUCUUCGGCACGGUCGCGAGGGAGUACGGGCUUGAUUUGAAUGCGUCGUUUGGCAGCUCCAGCUCCAGCUCUCCCACCGAUAACAGCAGCACCAAGAAGGAAGCAGCAGAAACAGAACCAACAACACAAGCCUACACAGACCUAUUCAUCUCCGCGGGAUCGGCGGGAUCGAGUUUACUGGAGGGGCUAGUCGUGCUGUGGGCGACGGAGGUGUGUUAUCUGACCGUGUGGCGGAACGUGCGGGCGGCGAUGGCCCUGAACUCUCAGAAUCAACAAGAGGAUGCGGAUGCGGAUGGAGGGGCGCUGCGCGAGAAGCUGGUGCCGAAUUGGACGUGUGCGGAGUUUGAGGAGUUUGUGGAGGGGAUCACGGCGUUGGUGGAUGCGGUUGCGGAGCGGGAGGUGCGGAUCUUUGGGGAGGAGGAGGUUGUGGAGCGGUGUGCGCGGUGGUGGAGGCAGGUGGUUUGGUUGGAGGGGCGGUUUUGGCCGGAUGUUUAAACAGUAUUCAAUUUGAGAUUUCAGUUGUUAGGUGGGUUGGAGAUUGAUGAUUUGUGUAGAAUCCGAUAAACGGUGGGAAAGAAACUGUGUAGGUAUAG